GAGUUAAAUCGGACGCUGUAUAAAUACCUAUGGCCGCACUGCUUUUCUAUGUUCUCUAGCACGAACGAACGUAGUCACUCACUCGAUUCCUCCAGAUCCUUCAUCUGUAAUCUCUCCCUCUCUAUCUCUCACUUGCUCCAAUGGCCGACGCCGCCUCCGAUGCGACAAAAUCGCUUCCUGAGAACAAACCUCCAAACUUGGAAUCGAAGCGGUGGGCCGAUGAAGUGGACGAUCCUCCAGAGGAAUCGAGCGCACCUUCGAUUUCCGGGGACAAAGACGCUUCGGAGCUCAAGGUAGAGGCAUUAACCAUAAACGAUGACGAAAGGAAGAUCAACAAGUUCCUUGAUGAACCCCAAGACUCCAACAUCACCGCGGUUACUACGGGUGAUACACCCUAUACAUCCGCAGCUACUUUUGAGGAUUUGAGUUUGACACCAGAGCUGAUGAAGGGCUUGUACGUGGAGAUGAAAUUUCAGAAGCCUAGUAAAAUCCAAGGGAUCAGCUUGCCAAUGAUUUUAACUCCCCCGUACAAAGAUUUGAUAGCUCAAGCACAUAAUGGUUCUGGUAAGACUACUUGUUUUGUGCUUGGGAUGUUGAGUCGUGUUGAUCCGAAUCUGAAGGCUCCUCAGGCGCUUUGUGUCUGUCCUACUAGAGAGUUGGCUAUUCAGAAUUUGGAAGUUCUUAGGAAGAUGGGGACGUACACAGGUAUAACUUCAGAGUGUGCCGUGCCAAUGGACAGGAAAAAUUAUGUGCCAAUAGCAAAACAACCGCCUGUAUCAGCACAAGUAGUCAUUGGAACUCCUGGUACAAUCAGGAAGUGGAUGUCGAAUAGAAAAUUGAGCGUUGACUAUCUCAAGAUUCUUGUUUUUGAUGAAGCUGAUCACAUGCUAGCUGAGGAUGGAUUUAAAGAUGAUUCCUUGAGGAUAAAGAAGGAUAUUGAAAGAGCCAGUUCUCACUGCCAGGUUCUUCUGUUUUCUGCCACAUUUAAUGAAACCGUAAAAAAUUUCGUAUCAAGGAUAGUCAAAGAUUACAAUCAACUUUUUGUCAAGAAAGAAGAUCUAUCUUUAGAGUCUGUAAAGCAGUACAAGGUGCAUUGUCCGGACGAACGUGCCAAGACUCUAGUAAUUAAGGACAGAAUAUUCGAAUUGGGAGAGAACUUGGGGCAGACAAUAAUAUUUGUACGCACGAGACAUAGUGCCGGCAUACUGCAUAAGGCCCUUGUUGACCUUGGUUAUGCAGUUACUACCAUUCAAGGUGCUGUCAGUGCAGAAGACAGAGACAAGAUAGUUCAAGAGUUCAAGAAUAACCUAACUAAAGUUCUUAUAUCAACUGAUCUUCUUGCCCGAGGCUUUGACCAGCAACAGGUUAAUCUGGUUAUCAACUAUGAUCUUCCGGUGAAACAUGAAAUGCCAUCAGAACCAGAUUAUGAGGUGUACUUGCAUAGGAUUGGUAGGGCAGGGCGAUUUGGCCGCAAGGGAGCCGUCUUUAACUUGCUGUGUGGUGAUAGGGACGAGAAGCUCAUGUCAAAAAUUGAGCAUUAUUUUAAUAGCCAAGUCAAAGAGGUUGAGAGGUGGGAUAGCGAUGAAGAUUUCAACAAUGCCCUCAAGGCAGCAGGAUUGUUGUGAUGACCUCAUGUCUCUCAUUCGGCAUGGAGCCAGAUCGGGCAACGUUAUUUUAACGUGCCUUGUUAUAAUAUUAGUAAAAGCAAUACUGAGAGAGAAUUUGUUUCAGAUUUAUGUUUUUCACUUUUUGGAUUGAUUGAUUGAUUUCCCAAAGCUAGCGUAUUCUCUUUGUACAUCAAUGUGAUAGUAUCUUUAAAGCUUCCUGAUCCACAAAUAUAGUUUUGUGUUGUG